AUGCACGAAUUAUCUUGUGUCUGACAUUUUUGACGUCAACAUGGACGGGAACUCAAAGAAAGAGAAGAUAGCUGCUGCUAGAAAAAAGUUAAAAAAAUUCAAGCAGUCUUCCAGCAACAAUUCAGCGAAGUCAUCAACAGUCCAAAAUAAAGACGUCAAGAAACAGAAAAUACCAGAAGCCUCAGAGAGUGUGCAAAAUGGUACUCCUCAGAUGCAAGAACAACCCAAAGAGGUGAAAGAGGAAACCAGUCAUUCAUUUCCCACAGAACUUGAUGCAAAAUUAAGAACAACAGGAUCUACUGAAAGUCUUCAUCAGCUGUCCAGACAACUAAAUGGCCUCAUAUCAGAACCACAGACUAUGGAAGAGGAGGAAAAUUCUGAUGCAAAUUAUAUGGAGACGAGGAACAAAGAAUUGGCAAGUCAACUGCAGAAACAGAUAGAAGAAAACCAUAAACUACAAAAACAGGUCCAUCAGGCAAGAGAACAUGCUCAGUCAUUGCAAUCUCAGCUGGACCAAGAAAUGGAGAGUUCCACAGAAAAACAGAAAAAAGAAAUAGGGCCACUCAGAGAACAACUACAGGUACACAUACAAACUAUAGGUAUAUUAGUGGCAGAGAAGACAGAACUGCAAUCACAGCUGAGUCAGUCACAAAAGAUAGCAGCACAGAGGCUUUCUGAAAUUGAGGACAUCAGUUCUCGGUUGAAAACUUCCAGACAGAGAGUUGGUGACCUAGAAAGAAGUCUUGCCACAACCAACAACUCUGCACAGCAGUUUGAAAAAAGCAGUAAAGAGUUUGCAAGAGAAGUUGACAGACUGAAGAUGGAUCUCAGGCAAUCAAGUAAAACCCAGGAGGAUUUACAUCAGCAGGUGGAAGAGCUGGGAGGAGAACUGCAGGGCAAGAAAAUGGAAUGUAGUCAGCUAGAGGAGACCGUCGGAGACCUGAGGUCAAAGGUGGAGAUGGCGGAGCUGUAUGUCCAACAGUCCUCUGGUCAGGGAGAUAACAAGGAGCAGACACUACAGGCCAUGGAGCAGCAGCGGUGGGAAACUGAGGCCCUCAGGGCAGAGCUCGCAGAGGUUCAGGAAACCCAUAACAGACUAGUAUCAGAAAAGGAGGAGAGUAUGAGGCAUUAUCAGUCAGUUAUAGAUCAGUUACAACACCAUAACGCCCAGCUUACUAGUCAGAUCACCUCAUUAACAAAAGAAAGAGAGAAGUUGGUCACCAGGGAACAUGAUUUAGAAGUAGCAGUUCUAGAGCUGCAGGAAAAACUACAGAACCUAGACACUGAGCAGACCAGUCAGCUGAAUGACAGUGCCAGACAGAGCCAAGAGAAGAUCAAUCAGCUGAUGUCUGCUGAGGCCGACCUUAAACACCAGCUAGAGGCCCAAGUACGGGACAAUGCCAACCUCAGCAGGCUGUUGGAAGAAAAGAAGGAGAGGAUCUCAGAUUUAGAGGGAAGUCUGUCUCAACUGAAGAAGGAAGCAGAGGACAUGAGUCAGCUGUUGGAGGGGGUACAGAACGAUAAGACAGCCCUCAGUCGGGCUCUCACACAGAACAAGGACCUCAAACAACAACUACUGGAACUACAGAACGGAUUCGUCAAAAUGAGUAAUGACAACAUGGAACUGAUGACCAAGGUGCAGUCAGAGCAGCAUAACUCCAGAGAACUGCUGUGUCGCCUGAGUCAACAGGAUGAGGAAAUCAAACAGCUUAAAGAAACAAUAUCCAAUAGAGAGAAUUCUGUGAUGGAGACCCAGAGUGUUGAGAGCACAGUCAAAGAUGAUCAUCUCCAGGACAGACUGAGACAUUACGAAGCUCAGGCUCAACUCGUGGAAACACUGCAAAGAGAACUCCAUAAUUCACAGGAUAUGAUUGAUGCAUUAACAACACAAAACAGUGAAUUAAGGACCAUGUUGAUCAAAUCGUCAGAGAGAGAUGACAAGGAUGAGUCAGCACCGAUGGAGGUGGAUAACGACAGAGAGGAACUGAUUGCCUCUCUACAAAAGUCUGUCAAACAUUUGGAGGUGGAGCGAGAGCAACUGUACCAGAACUUGAAGGACCAGAGGGAGUUAUCAGACAAACUCAGUGUUAACCUGGCUGACAUGCAGGAGGAACUCAUUAAACAGUCCAACGGGACAGCUGUAAGUUCUUUGGAGUACACCAAACUGGAAAAUGCCCUAGAACUGAUACAGGAGAAGUACAAUAAAGUGAUGCGGGACAAGGCCGACCUGAGUGAUAGAAAUGACGAGCUGGAACACACUGUGUUACAACUAGAGGGAGAGUCGGAUACUAUAGGAGAGUACAUUUCUCUUUAUCACCACCAGCGAGCUUUACUACAACAGAGAGAUGCCCAGAAAAAUGAAUACAUAUCUCACCUAGCCAGAGAUAGGGAAGAGAUCCAGGGUAAGCUGAGUGAGCUACAAGUGUUGGUGAUGCAACUCCUGGGUGAGAAGAACAUGUUGAACCAUUAUCAUGAACAGUCUCUGACAGGAGGGAAUCAUUAUCAUGAGCCGGCCCUGACUGCAAGUAACCUCCGACAGUUAGAGGAACAACAGUUUCAGCAGUAUCCCACAAAUGGGAUGACCAAUGGCCAGACAGACUGGCCUGAUUACACGAGCUCGGAGUCCGAGGGAGAGAGUGAGGUGGAGGCGGUGGUAGGGAACCACCACCCAGAAACUGACCCCGAGUCCAGACUCCAACCCAGCAUUCCAGAACCGGAGGUCCACCACCAUCACCACCAUCAUCCCGUGGAGGAAUCGCCAACUAAAGACAAUCAAACUGCAAACAAAAUCCUCCAUCUUCUCUCAGAAAUCGGACAUUCCAAUCUUAUUGACCAUACUAUGGAAGAUCAUAUAGACCAUAACUUCUUACCUUGUAAAUACUGCAAAGGCCAGGUUUAUAUAGUAUGAGAGAAAAGUAGACCUGCUAGGGCAUAACCAUUUGUUUUAUAUAUGCACCAUCGAACAUGUGCAAUAAGGUCUUUCAUUGAUGUACAAAAUAGUGCAUGUGUUAAUUAAUUUAAUAUUAGGUCCUUUCUGAAAGAUUGUGAUAUUAAGUGCAUUUUUUUCCCUGUCAGUAUUUCUGCAAAAUGUAAUGCACAGUUUUGUGAGCAUCCAUGUACAUGUAAAAGGUGGAAAGUGCAUGUGGGAAAAUCCAUGUUAUACUUAGAUUCUGUAAACAUUAUCUGACCAUCUGUAACUGGUCAAGCCAUACUCAGGAUUUUAUCCAACGUGAUAUGUGAAUGUCGUAUUAAUUUGUGGG